GGCAUAGAACCGGUGGAAUAGAAUGGGUUCCUAACCGCACGAGGGUAAAACUAAAUUCAGAAGCAAAUAUCUUAAAGUUCUUGAAAAAUCUAGAAAUCUACUCCAAAGCUAGCUUGAUUAUAGGGAUCCAUUCAAAAUGUGAAUAUGCAGUCCAUUUUCAAAAAAAGGUACUCGCUUGUCACACAAAAACCUUUUAAAUAUGUGAUUAUACAAAAAGUUUACGAAACCUCAAUGCCUAAUGAACUUAAAAAUAUCUAUUAAAAGUAUGUAAAAAUGAACAUAUAUGUUUGCAAUUUUGAAAAUAGAUGAAAAGUUGCCCAAAGUAAAUUUAAUAAUUAAUCGCUUUAAGAUUUAAACAAGAAUGAUACAGAAAUAUAACAAUGUAAUACUUCAAGCUUGAAGUGUUAUUAUGACAGUUCAAAGAAAUGUGAGACCAGACAAAAAACAAUUAUGACACAACACGAAAACAAGCAUGCGUUUCCCAGCAGCUUGCGUGAAAUGGCCGAAGGAGUGGAGCGCCUGGUGCGGGACACCAACCAGGACCUGCGCAACUUCCGGCAGGAGCAGGCCAACAUGCGAGAACACGUCAACGAUAUGCUGGAUGAGAAUCGCCGACUGACCAGCGAGUUGGCCAAGUGCAGGAACACCCUGGCCAAUGGUGACUACCAGGAUAUGAAGCAGCGCCUUCUGCUGACCAACAAUGCCUUGGACGCAGCCAAAAAGCAGGUGGAGGAGCUCCUCAAGGAGCGGAAGAGCCUGCAGGCCAUGCAGGACUUCUCCAAGCGGACCAUCGAGAACAUGGAGCUGGAGCUAAGGAACUAUCGCGUCCAGCUGAAACAGUCUGGGGAUGAUCAGAUUGUUCAGCGGUACUCAAAGGCCCUGAAAAUGAUGGAGGCCAAGGUGAGCGCCCAGCAGGAGGAGCUGCGCACGCAGGCGGAGACCAUAAAGGCGCUCCACGAGCACAAGCAGCGCGGUGGUGAGCAACUGCAGCAGCUGCAGGCCCAACUGAGGGACAUGGGCCAGGAUCAGGUCAAGGUGUCCAGCCUGCAGAAGCAGCUGAAGGAGUACGAGAUCUCGCUGAGCCAUACCCACAAUUUGCUGAUGGAGAGCACGAGGCGGGAGUCCACAGCCAUGCGAAAGGUCGAGGAGGCCAUCACACUCAGCGAAGAGGCAAACAGGGAGAAAAUGGAGGCCAAGAAGCUGGCCGAUGCAUACAAGGAAGAGGUCACCCAGCUGGCCACCAAUAUUGGCACCAUCAUGGAGGAGGCUUCCACGCGCGUGGACUCCGAAGUGGCCCAGCUGAAGAACAAGCUCAAGCAAAAGGACAAUUUGAUUACCUCUCUGAAGGAGAAGCUAAAAAAGGAUUCUGUCGAGCACAAGUUGGUGGUUCACCAGCUGGAGACGCGAAACAAUCGCCUGGAUCACAAGUACAAGGAGGUGGUUAAGCAGAACGACAAGCUGGAGGCCGAGGUGGAGGUCACCUGCCGACGACUUAGCGAGCUGGAGCGAUCCCUCAAUGAAGUCCAUUGCGAAGAGGCUGAAGACGGGAAGCUAAAACGGCAAUACGAGUCUCAAAUGGAGCACUACCUAGUGGCCCACAAGCAGAUGAAAUCCAGCUACCGGGCAGCGAUGGACGACAUCACGCAGCGCUUUGAAUCGGUCAUUUACGAACUGCGAAAGGAGAACUCCGAGCUGCUGGCUGACAACCAAUUGCUGAAAAGCGGCGCCGCCGGAGACGGCUCCAGGCAGCCUCUGUAGAUCUUGCCGCUGAUUUUACAGUUAUACAAAGAUAUAUUUUAUGCUUACUAUUGUACAUAUUAAAUUAAUUUUAUGAGAUCACUA